UCUGGCAACGCUCAGAAGUUUGUUUAUGUUCUUUUUGUGUACUUUCUUAAUUGCGAGGAAAAAUGUAACAAGAUGGAGUCAACGCCGGAAGAACAUCACAAGCGUUUGGAAUAUUGCACUACUAGACCUGAAUAUCGCCAGGGUCGUGAAUUGAAAGCAGUAAAGGUUUAUACAGUGGCCUCCGAAUCCCGGCACUUGUUGAUCUUUGGCGUGCCCAAGGUGAAUCUGCAAUCCAACAUAAAAAGCAAGCUGCAAGCAUUUGGUAAGCUGUUAUGCUGCACAUGUGUAACCAGUGAAAUGGCCAAAAAAAUGGAAUUAGAGGCCUUUACCGAUGUCUUUGCCGUUCAGUUUGAACGUUUGGAACAAGCGCGAUUUGCUAAACGAAAACUAGAUGCUAGCCAAUUCUAUGGCGGUAUACUACACAUCUCAUAUGCCCCAGAAAGAGAGACGCAUGCAGAGCUGAGAGAAAAAUUCUUGAUAAGACGCAACGAGAUUGAUUUUCGCCUGCGAUGUAACCGAAAGGAGCAGACGCCGCCAGCUAUAAAGAAGACUAAAGCUUUAAACAAUUGAUGGUGGCGUUUUAUUUGAACCUAACUCAUGAUAACCAGCCAGCCUCUGGGGAUCUACGUUUGCAACAUAACACAAUUGAUAACUUCUGU